GAUUUGUAGUUUAUGACAACCUCAACCAACACAAACUUGGCAAGUCAGCUAGUGCAAUGUCAGAGUUCACAGUUUAUCUAGUUGGGCCUUGUGAUUAUGAACUCUUUAAUUUCAAAUCCUGUUCAAAAUCUACUUAUGUGAAUGUACGCUGAGUAUGGGGCAUUUUCACUUAGUUUGUGACAUUUUAUUAAGCCUGGACUACUAUAACUUUCUGUUGAACAUUGUGUUCUCAUUAUUUCUCUGAUUUUUUUUUCUUUUUUUGGGGUGGAGGUCUUUUCUUUGGAUUUGGUAACAGGUAGGAGAAGCCCAGGAUCACAUGGUACCUAUCGCUUUCCUCCGUUUUGAUUAUAAAUUAGAAAGAUGGCAUAGAGCUUUUGGUGAAAGCUCCCUUAGUGCGUAUGUUGGUGACUGGUGACCCCAGCAAACAGCCAAUGCGUGCAUACUAUACUUUCUUGACCUGGUCUUACCUUUUAUGCUUUUAUUUAUUACUCUUUACCUUCUCUUCAUUUUGCCUCUUGUCUGUGAGAAAGCUGGAAUAGCAACUUAUUUAUAACAUGGAGUGGAGCUCUUUAGAACUCAAACUUAUUUCUUGCAGGGGUCUCAAAGCCUUCAACUUUUUCCAGAAGCUUUCGGUCUACUCUGUGGUCUAUCUUGUGGAUGAAGAACUGAAGAAGAAAGAGCAACAGCAAAAACGUUUGCAGCGUCAGAAAACACCCAUCGACAGACAGGAAGGAGGGAACCCUGAAUGGAAUCACCUGGUACACUUUGAUCUGAGAAGUUUAUCUCACGACCACUGUGAUAAUCUUUUUCUCAGAUUUGAUUUGCGAUGUGAAGGGUUGGUAAACAGAUCUAUUGGUGAAGUUUGUGUUCCAUUGAAGGACCUGAUAGAUGAGUUCAGUGGGGCUGUGAGGUUUGUGAGUUAUCAGGUUAGAAGCUGUGAUGGGAAGGCCAAUGGGGUCCUGAAUUUUUCCUACAAGUUGAUUGGGAGCACCAAAAAGCAAGUAGAGGACCAUACCCAACUCCAAUUUCCCGCUGAGAAAGUUCAUUACCCCAAGCAGGAAGAUGUCAAGAACUCAGGGGACAUCCAGUAUCCAUCCGUGGAUGACAGUUGCCAUCCUCCCCCACAGCCGUUCAGUUUCCCUUCUUCAUCCCCGGUGUUUGAGUUUCAGAUACAAGGGUUUUAUGGACCAUCCCCGACUGAGCUGGCGCCUUACAGGGCAGCGCAUGGAGCAUACUCAUCGUCACUUCUACAGUCUCCGAGUCCGUAUUACUCCAGUAUGCACGGCUACAAUGGAAUCGGAAAAUCAGGGACUAGAACAGAUGGCUUCCCACUCUGUCUUUGAUGUGCUCAGGUCUCAUAUGAAAUCAGCUAUAGUAGUUUGCUUGUUUUCUAGUUUAGAAAAAAAAAGAAAAAAAGAAAAAAAGAAAAAAAGAAUGCUGAUUAACGCAUCUGAGAUUAAUAGUUUCAAUAAAUUAUCAGUUUCAGACUUUCAGUAUAUCAAUUCUGUUGAUCCAACAUCAUAUUCAAUAUUCAAUGCUAAGUCGAGUCAAGAGUCAGUUCUAUACCCCACUAUUGACUUGAAUGGGAUGUGGAGGUUCCAUAAUACAGGUUAGGGUCCCAU